AUGGAUAGUAGGUGCUACGGCUGCGCAGCCAAGUUUACACUCUUCAAGAAGGAGUGUGGCUGUAAGAACUGUGGACGUGCCUUCUGUUCUGGUUGCCUCAGCUUCAGUGCAGCAGUGCCCCGGGCUGGAAACACUCAGCAAAAAGUCUGCAAGCAAUGCCAGGAGAUCCUGACCAGAGGACCUGCUCCUGCCAACACCUCCAAGUGGUCCCCACCUCAGAACUACAAGAAACGCGUGGCAGCUUUGGAAGCCAAGCCGAAGCCCAGUGCUCCCCGGACCCAGGGACUGACCCAACAAGACCAGGUCAUUGCUGAGCGCCUAGCACGGCUCCGCCAGGAGAACAAGCCCAAGUCAGCACCAUCACAGGCGGAGAUAGAGGCUCGGCUGGCUGCACUCAGGGGUGAACCCCAGGGUUCCUUCUCUUCAACUCAGGAGAUAGAGACACGGCUUGCCACAUUGCAGGGCAGAGUGCUGCCCCUUCAGACACCCCAGCCGGUACAUCAGCCACCAGAAACCAGGACCCAGACGGCGCAGGCGCAGGAUCUGCUGACACAGCUGGCAGCUGAAGUGGCCAUUGAUGAGAGCUGGGAGCGAAGAGUGCCAGUUGCCUCUAACCAGAACGACCUCAACCAGGGUGGCUCAGGAACCCAGAGCCCUCAUCCUAAGGGGCAGGCCACUUGGUCCCUGGAGGAAGAGAAGAGCAGGCUGCUGGCAGAGGCAGCUGUCGAGCUUCGGGAGGAGAACACAAGGCAGGAGCGGAUCCUGGCCCUCGCCAAGCGGCUGGCUGUGCUACGAGGACUGGACCCUGAUGGAGUGACCCUCCAGGACUAUCACCUCCCAGACAGUGAUGACGAUGAGGAUGAGGAAACAGCCAUCCAGAGAGUGCUGCAGCAGCUCACUGAGGAAGCUGCCCUGGAUGAGGCAAGUGGCUUUAACAUCCCUGCAGAGCCAGCUCGCCGAUCACGGGCGCAGCCCAACAGGCCAGAGGCCCAGGCUGCGGCCCACAGAUCAGAGGCGGAGGUGGAGGCAGAGGAGCUCCCGUGGUGCUGCAUCUGUAAUGAGGAUGCCACCCUGCGUUGCACUGGCUGCGAGGGGGACCUCUAUUGUGCCCGCUGCUUCCGGGAGGGCCAUGAUGCCUUCGAGCUUAGAGAACAUCAGACAUCUGUGUACCGCCCGCCGCAAGCAGGCCGAGAGCUCUGA